AUUUCAGACAGAAAGGGAAGCCAGCGAUGUCGGGGAUGGAGAACAGCACAGCUGGGAAGGUCAUCACCUGCAAAGCCGCCGUGGCAUGGGGGCCGGGAGAACCGCUGGUGAUGGAGGAAAUCCUGGUGGAUCCGCCUCAGAAGAUGGAGGUCCGGAUUAAGGUCCUCUUCACUUCGAUUUGCCACACGGAUCUCAGCGCUUGGAAAGGCGAGAAUGAAUCCCAGAGAGCGUAUCCACGGAUCUUCGGCCACGAAGCGUCCGGGAUCGUGGAGAGCGUGGGGGAGGGAGUGAGGGACAUGAAGGAAGGAGACCACGUGAUCCCCAUCUUCAACGGGGAGUGCGGCGAGUGCUUGUACUGCAAGCGCGAGGGGACCAACAUGUGCAGAGACUACGGGGUGAACCCGAUGAAGAAGGUGAUGGUCAGCGACGGCGAGUCCAGGUUCCGGACCAAAGAGACGAGGCAGCCCAUCUUCCACUUCCUCAACACCUCCACCUUCACCGAGUUCACGGUGGUCGAGUCCUCCUGCGUUGUCAAAGUCGACCCAACUUUCCCCCUCCAGAAGAUGACCUUGCUCAGCUGUGGCGUCUCCACCGGUGUCGGAGCCGCAUGGAACACCGCCGACGUGAAGGCCGGGUCGAGCGUCGCCGUCUUCGGCUUGGGCGCCGUGGGUCUCGCGGUUGCAGCCGGAGCACGUGCCAGAGGAGCAUCGAAGAUAAUAGGCGUUGACAUCAACCCCGCUAAAUUCGCCAAAGCCCGAGCGCUGGGGAUCACCGAGUGCGUCAACCCCGACGAGCUUGAGACGGCGGCGCAUGAGGAGAUCACGAGGUUGACCGGAGGCGGCGUUGACUACAGCUUCGAGUGCGCCGGCAGCUUGACCGCCCUGCGCGAGGCCUUCCUCUCCACCCAAUUGGGUUGGGGGCUGACCGUGUUGUUGGGAGUCCAUCCGGGCCCGAACAUGCUGCCGCUGCAUCCGAUGGAGCUGUUCGCCGGAAAACAGAUCACCGGCUCGGUCUUCGGCGGCUUCAAAGGGAAGACCCAAAUCCCUCGUUUCGCCGAAGAAUGCAUGCACGGGGCGGUGAACUUGGACGAGUUCAUAACGCAUGAACUCCCGUUCGAGAAGAUCAACGAAGCGUUCCAGCUGCUCAAGGAAGGGAAGUCGUUGAGAUGCCUCAUGCACCUCUGAUUUCAUCCUCCUGUCCUCCCGCAUUGUGCAUCUACUUGAGAGAGUGGCAUGUAAUAAUCUCUUGAUUAAAGAGUGGUUUAAGGCGUG